AUGUCAUAUCCUAGUGGAGAUAAUGGAGAUCACUUGGCAGAGAAAAACGGCGACGACAAGAAGUAUUAUGUCGACAACCUGGGUAGUUGUGUUUCUGCUAUCGUGAUGGACAACGGCCAUAAUAAGGAUGGGAACAAAUAUAUUUCUGAGCACAUUUUGGAACUUCAGUCGGUGCCCAUGUUUAUGGAAUACACGAUGGGCGUCCAAAAGAGACUGCAAACCAAACUCAGCCGUUCUCGUCUUCCCAUCAAUGCCCCAUUCAACCCAGAUUCCUCGAGGCUUCUUCCUUGCGCCUUCUGGGUCAAUGAUUUCCAGUAUGGUUUCGCAGAGUGGGACAAAAAAUAUGGGAAGACUACCCCAACGGCCGCCUUAUUCACAUUGCUCGGCUCAACAAAGAACAGUGGGCAUAUGGUAAAUACCGAAUCCAAGUUCAACGGGAAGAAAGGCGCGCUUUGGGAAUUUAAAGAGCCUGUCGGGGCGUCGACCUGGAAUGAUCUAUAUGCUGCCGUGGACGACACGACAGUCUUACACGCUUUUGAGCAGUUGAUACUGGUUGAACAAGUCUUUCCUUAUCUCGCAAAGCCAGGGAUACAGGAUAAGCUCCUCGGUGCCCAUCAAGAUGUGAUUGCUUUUCUGGACGAGUACGAGGAGCUGUAUCGAAAACAACAUCCCACGACUGCUCAUAUAGGUCUUUCGGACAUGUGGCGUAACUUCAUGACCGAAUUGCUUGCUAAGAUGAAGGAAUGGGCUGAAGCAUGGCUUGAGUAUCGAAUAGACAUAAUGGUGCCCGCCUGGACGGCUGAGCACGCACGAAGGGAGGCGGUGGCGCGAGCAUACACAGCGGCGGGUAAUCCACUCGCUGCGGCCGCGGAAGUGGCCGCCAAGGCAGCAUUAAAAUCCCGUACGGAUGCCGAGAAGCACUUGCUGCAAUACUCUAGUUUUGUUGCAACCUUCGACCACAACCUCUUUCAGACAACACCCGACCGAGAUGCUUAG